GUUCGUGUAAAACUCCGGAAUAGUUUUGCAUUUUUUGUUGGCCAACCAGAAGUUUCCCUGCGGACCAACAUGACAGCGUGACGCCUGAAAAAAGUGUCCCCAUGGAUGAUCUGACCCGAGCUCUCUCGACCAGCUUUGCUGUGUCCCAGGAGCCCAACAGCACCGCCGCCCCCCAUCCUCGGCUCAGUCAGUACAAGAGCAAGUACAGCGUUCUGGAGCAGAGUGAGCGCCGGCGGCGCUUUCUUGACUUUCAAAAAAGUAAAAGAUUAAACUAUGUCAACCAUGCGCGGCGCUUGGCCAGCGGGGACUGGACCGGAGCAGACAGCGAUGGAGAGGAAGACAUGGACAAACAAGAUGAAGGCGAGCAGAACAAGGGGGGUGAGAUGGAAGAUGAGGGCAUGGAGAUCGAGAAGAGGAAGCUGCCAAAGCAUUACGCAAAUCAGCUCAUGCUGUCGGAGUGGCUGGUGGACGUACCGUCGGAGUUGGACACAGAUUGGCUGUUGGUGGUCUGUCCUGUCGGGAAGAGAUCUCUCAUUGUUGCCUCCAAGGGGUCCACUGCAGCGUACACCAAAAGCGGCUACUGUGUGAACCGCUUCCCCUCCCUGCUGCCGGGUGGGAACAGACACAACUCCGCCAUGGGAAAAGAUUAUACCAUCUUGGACUGCAUUUACAGCGAGGUGGACAGAACCUACUACAUCCUGGAUGUCAUGUGCUGGAGAGGCCAUCCGGUCUACGACUGCCCGGUAAGACCGCUUUCUCAUCUUCAUGCAUUCUGGGAAGAUGAGUGUUUCUAAAGAUGGAGCAAUCAU